AUGCUCGAACUCUCCACUGCGGUGGGCUUUGUGGUGCAAGGCCUGAGGUCGAACUUGUACGGGUUGGCCUGUCCCUUUUACUGUGCCUCACCUGGCAUUGGGUCGUUGGUUGCCUGUUACCUGGCUGGUGUGUUGUCUGGUUUGACUUGUUCCCUGCUUGGUCCUCCACUGAUACCCACCAUUCUCAACCACCACCUGGAUUUUCGCCUGGAUUUCAGCCGCCCCUUGGACGGGCCAGUUGAGGUUUCUCUGGAUAUCGCUGGCCUUCGGGUUACUGUCCGUGGGGACUCUGCCAAGGUUGCUGAUUUUGUGCAGUUUGUUGGUUCCUUCACUGGUCAGCGUGCGCGGUCCCCUACUAACUCAGUUGGGUCCUUUGAGCUGCUUUGUGAGCCCCCUGCUGCGUCUUCCGCUCCCUCGGGUCGAGUUGGACUUGAAACCCGAGAACAGAUAUCAGCUUCCUUUGCGGCUUGUCCUGACCGUCUUUUGUCUUGGGGUAACAAGCUGUCUGGUGCCAAUCUUGCUGGACGUGAUCGUGCCUCGCGUGCCUGGGUGGCUGGUUUGUGGGCUCGUGCUGUCGUGGAUCGUAGGGUCCAUUCCCCAAACCGCACGCCCCCGCUGGAUUUGCGGUCGCAGUUUUACGCUGUGGCUAGGGCUGACUCUGUGGAUUGUCCUGUGGUGUUCCGCUCCUCGACAUCCUACUGGCGUGCCAUCGGCUCACUUGAAGGCAGUUCUUCAGUGUCCCAGUCCUUCCCAAGUGAGGCUGAGUGCCGUAUCUACCUCCUUGCUGCAGGUUUCUCGGGGGGCCAACAUCCAGUUCUUGCCCUGAUCGAAGAAUCAAUGGCUUUGGAUUUGAUAGCCGAGUCCCCUCUGACUUUUGCUUCUCUGGUCACCGUGGAGGAGGAUCUAGAGCCCUACGUGCUCGAAUGGCCCCCAGUUCCAGAUGCAGACGGCUCUUCCGAGGCGCUAGUAGUGGUGGUUUUGAAGCGGCAGGCUGGCUUCCUUCUGGCUGUUCCACGAGGGUUCAUCCCACAACAAGUUUUGGAUCGGGCAAACCAAGGAGUCGAUGGAGGUCCAAUCGGGCCAUCUACUGUUGGAGAGGUAGACGUCGGGAAAUUGACGGGAAAUUGCUCACAAUACAUCCCGUAG